GCCAGCCAGCCUCGCAUCCCCCCCUCCCCCACUCGCCGGCGACCGCUGCCGUCGCCGUCGUCCACCUCAUUCCCCACCUCGUGCCUCGUCUCCCUUCCAAGCCAAGCCAAAAACCCCUCCACGAGCCGCGCCGUACGCCAUCGCCAACCACCACUCCACUACUACUUCCCCCCACACUCACUCACUCCACUCCCACCACAGCAACCGCUUGCUUUGCUUCGCCCAUCUGAGCUAUAAUUAGCUCGAGGAGAGAGCCCUAACCCGCCGCGCCAUGGCGAGCAGCAGCGGCGAGGGGAAGGGUGCCGGCGGCGCGGGGUACCAGUACGCGCCGUACGGCGGGUCGUACUACGACGAGGAGCGGCGGUGGUGGCCGUGGCUCGUGCCGACCGUGCUCGUGGCCUGCAUCGUGGUGUUCCUCGUCGAGAUGUUCGUCAACGACUGCCCCCGCCACGGGAGCCCGCUCCGCGGCGAGUCCUGCGUCGCCGGCUUCCUCCACCAGUUCGCCUUCCAGCCGCUCCGGGAGAACCCGCUCCUCGGGCCCUCCUCCGCCACUUUGGAGAAGAUGGGAGCACUAGACUGGGCGAAGGUUGUUCAUCAGCACCAAGCAUGGCGUCUCAUUAGCUGUAUCUGGCUACAUGCUGGCCUAAUCCACCUGAUUGUCAACAUGCUAAGCUUGCUAUUCAUCGGACUCCGUCUUGAGCAGCAAUUUGGGUUUGUGCGUAUUGGAAUCAUCUACUUGCUAUCUGGCUUUGGCGGUAGCGUGCUGUCUGUGCUGUUUUUACGUAAUAACUACAUCUCCGUUGGUGCCUCUGGAGCUUUGUUUGGCUUACUUGGGUCUAUGCUCUCCGAGCUUAUUAUGAACUGGACUAUUUAUUCCAACAAGGCAGCGGCAAUCAUAACUCUCCUGUUUAUAAUUGCAAUCAAUUUGGCGAUCGGGAUACUACCUCACGCUGAUAACUUUGCACACAUUGGUGGAUUUGUGACUGGAUUCCUUCUUGGGUUUGUCCUGCUGGCAAGACCUCAAUUUGGUUGGAUGGAACGUCAUGAGUUGCCUCAGACUAAUCAACCACGAAAGUACAGAGCAUACCAGUAUGUUUUGUGGGCUGUUGCACUCUUCUUGCUGCUAGUUGGGUUUGUGAUUGCCCUGGUGAUGCUUUUCAAGGGGAAGAAUGGAAACGAUGGUUGUCACUGGUGCCACUACCUGAACUGCAUACCAACAUCCAGAUGGAAGUGCAGUACUUAGAUGCUUCAGAAUUCCGUUAGCUCUUCUCCAAAUUACAAAUAUUCUUCGGGAACCAUUUUCAAGCUUGUGUGCUUGUAGAUAUCUACAAGAAAUUUGCCACAGAGUCGAAUUCUGCCCUUUCCAAAGUGUAGUACAAUUUUCUGCUUUGUAAUUUGAGAUUGUAACAGCUGUUUAUUUCAGCCCAACUCCAUACUGCAUUGCUCAAAAAAUUUGUGAUGUUCAAUUGGAUUCUCUUAUAUCAUCUAAAGUUCGAAACAAUGUUAAUGGUUAUGGAGUCUAAA